AUCUCUCACGCGCUACCUCUGAGACUCUUCUCAGUCGCUUCAUUCCUCUAAAAAACCAAACCCUAAUCAUUCCCUUCAAACCACAAUCUUUUCCGAAGAAGACCCAAACUGAGCUCCGAUCAUGGCCUUCUCACUCCGCGCUUUAUCCAAAUCCAGGCAGUUGUUUGCCAGUCGAGCCAUUCUACAACAGGAGCAUGCAGUUCCAGUCCGCUUCUUUGCCAAAGAAGCUGGCCGCUCUACUGUUCUUAAGGGAGAUGAGAUGUUGAAGAACAUUUUUCUGGAGGUCAAGAAGAAAUUUGAUACAGCCAUGGAUGUGCUUCGGGCAGAGAAGAUCACGAUUGAUCCUGAGGAUCCAGCUGCAGUAGCUCAUUAUGCUAAGGUCAUGAAAACAGUGCGGGAGAAGGCAGAUUUAUUCUCAGAAUCUCAGCGCAUCCAAUAUACUAUUCAGACAAAGACACAAGAUAUCCCAGAUGCCAGAACAUAUCUGCUGACAUUGAAGGAAAUAAGAAUAAAGCGAGGUCUCACUGAUGAACUUGGUGCUGAGGCUAUGAUGAUGGAUGCUUUGGAAAAAGUCGAGAAAGAUCUGAAAAAGCCUCUAUUGAGGAAUGACAAGAAAGGAAUGGCUGUUCUCUUGGCAGAGUUUGAUAAAAUCAACAAGAAACUUGGAAUUCGGAAGGAAGAUCUUCCAAAAUAUGAAGAGCAGUUAGAACUCAAAAUUGCAAAAGCACAAUUAGAGGAGCUGCACAAGGAAUGUCACGAGGCAAUGGAUACUCAAAAGAAGCGGGAGGAAUUCAAGGAUGAGGAGAUGGUUGAUCCUAAGUCUUUGGACAUCAGAAACUUUAUCUAAGAAUGCUGGUUUUCCUAACUGGCGACACCUUUUGAGGUCAAAGAAAUGCUUGUGCAAAACAAAUUUAGGGUAUGAGGAGUGCCUCGACUGUUUCAAUAAAGGCACUUGAGAUUUGAGAGUGCGGCAACAUUGGCAGAUUGAUGAGAUAAUCUGAUGUUUUGUAUUUUGGUUGAUUAUUGUUUAUGUUGCCAGGAGAGAACUGGAAUCUGUUGUCACUGGUCGCAUUUAUCAAGUUCCUUGCUUUUUUUCCAA